UAUAUGUUCAUCUCCGUUGACGGUUCGGUCCACAGCUUCCCCAAUGAGCGCCUUCUGUGUGUGGUGUGUGAUUUGUAUCGUUAUAGUAGGGGUUCAUGACUCGAGACAGCAUGGCGAUGGAGCCUUGAUUUCCAGAAACACCUUCAGAAGACGAAGCUUCAUCACCCUUAAGUGCCCUGAAGGGUACCUGUUUACCAAUUUGAAGUUCAAACUAGACCCCACUGCUGACAAAGGAUCCAGCAAAUGUGACAGAAGAGGAACGGAAGCUCGGCGCAGGUGUCGGUGGAGACAGACGUGUAGGGUGGACACCAAUCUCAGAGGAUGUAACGCCGCCCACAUGCAGUUGUCGAACUUCAAAUGUAUCCCCCAAGAUAAUGUUUUGACCAUUUGCCGCUCGGAUAAUGGCGCUGUUUGGAUAACCAAUUUCGGUCGCCUUAAAAGAGGUCAAGUGAAAGCGAAGUGCAAAAGAAUACUUAGAAAGAAUAUAUCCACCUUUAGAAUACGCAGAGAUACAAAUCGCAAAAAUAUAGACGUAAAAGGCGUGGUUACGCAAGUCAAUGGAAUAAUCCAAGAUCGCAUCGGGUGGCAAAAGAAGACAUACACAUUUUCUUGUCCAAAGGACUCAGUGAUUCAUUCUAUAGACUUCUAUAUUGCUGGAAGAAAGUCGACAUCAGCAUGUCGAGGGAUUUCCCCGCAGCUCCUAGUGCAGAAGAACAACUGCUUCUGGAAAACAUCCUGCAAGGUCAGCUGGGAAAUGCCCCAGGUUAUAGCCAUAGGAAACCAUGUUAGAUGUGUCGGAAAAGAGGGAUCCCUGUUUACAACAAAAGGACAUCAAUGUAUACCAAAGAGGAAAAUUCAUGAUAUUUGUCGUAAACGUGAAGCAAAAGGAAGGAAUGGCCUUCUGAGAAGUCACAGUAGCCAUCCAUGGAAUUACAGAGCAAAACAGCGGAAGUGCAAAACAAUCAUCAAGAUAAAUCACGAAGGAGGUCUGUACCUUCGUCUUCACGACAUCGACUUAGACUUCUCACACGAUGACCUAACUAUCGUGCACGUGCGGAGGAAUAACACGUGCACGCUGAGGCACAUUGACGUACAAGAAGGUGUAUGGCUUCAUGGUGGACAUGUAGAAAUUUUGUUUAGGGUCCUGUAUCAGUCAAAGUCUGGACGAGGAUUCAUAAUAUCUUACAAAAAUGUGAAAACAAAGUUACCACGGUCAUUUCGGGACAGGAAUGACGUGUGUGAACAGAUUACCAGCCAUUGAUAUGGUAUAACGGUACACACAAAUCUACUGAUUACAUAGAUUAUUUAACCAAUAUUUGAUUUAUUUAUUGUAAUGAUUUUUUUGACUACAAAUACGUGUAUCUGUGAGGGAGAUUGGGACUCUGUGUUAUAACACAUGUUAAUCCCGCUCUUAUAUACAUUGUUCAGGGAUGGGCUACUAAACUCUGUAGUACACAAUUCAAGACAUCUGCAAUCUCCAUAUUUUGUCGGAUUUAUUUGUAAAAGAUUGCAUGCAUUUAUUUUUGUGAAAAUUCUUGAAUUCAAAAUUACCCACUACAUAUCUGAGGAAUUGGUAGAACAGUUCCUACUUUCCUUUUUCUGUUUCACCAUUUAUAUUUUUAUUAUAUCGCUUACAGUGUGCGUGUAUUUAAGAAAUAAAAAUUGCAUAUUUGAAAGUACAUGAGGGUAUGAACUAAAACAGUUUAUGCCGAAAUACUUCAUGAAGCGCUUUUGCAUUUUUUAUAGGAGUUAUGAGAUUGAUCACUGUUCGUUAUCUUCACUUUUAUAGGAAUUAUGAGAUUGAUCACUGUUCGUUAUCUUCACUUUUAUAAUAUUUACAUUCACUGAAACUUUUCUUUUAUAUUUCUUUUUGUUGAAAAUGAGAUUGCUUUCAUCAUAGACAAUGAAUUCAUGUUUGUUGCAAACUAAUUCGAUCCGGUUUUUUAGUACCACCUGUUUGAGUCAUCAUUAUCAAAUAUGAAGCGUCAUCAAGGUCAAAGGGUGCAUUGGCUGUUCCGCUUAACGUAACGAAUGGGACAACCAUAUGGUAUUUUAGUACUUAGAUCUAAUUUAUAUUUUAGAAUAUAAAUAUAAACAAAAUAAUGUCUUCGUUGUUUCAUCGGGUUUUGAAGGUAGCAAUCAUUGCAGAAAGAAACUACACAACCCGCUUACGCUACCUUCAUCACCCGAUGAAACAGCAUUUUAUUGUUUAAACACGUUAAAUGAAUACGUAACAAUUGAUCUUUUCAAAUGUUACUCUGUGGAUUGGAUCUUUGAUAUCUCUCGGAACUCACAUUUGGCAUUAUAUCGGACGGGUUGAUAUUACUAAAUUAUAUUCAAUCUUUCAUCUGUACAUAUAUUUUACUGACACAUCUGUUGUUUCUUCUAUUAUUUAAAUAAAAUCAGUAUACAUACACAAAA